AAAAGGCGACGCAAAUUGGACAACAGCAUCACAUCUUCUCCGCCACUUGGCCGCGUAUCAGUUCAGACAGAGUGACUUCGGAGUGCAUAGUCAUCAUGCAGCUGAAGAAGUGGUUUGGCCUGGCCCUCGUCGCUGUCUUGUUAGAGGUCGCUAUGCCGACCAUCCUGCUGACAAGUACAGCAGCGACUGCCACUGCCCUCACCAUCACUGUGAGCAACGCUGCCCUGGCAGCCGUCGGAGGCGCAGCCGUUCUCUUGGGUCUAGCUGGUCUCCUGAAAACUGCCGGCCGCGGUAGGGGGAGACGUUCUGAGCCCACUACCUCCUUCACCUCCGACGCUGUCGACAUCCUCUUCGCCGCCGCCGGCUCUCUUGACCAGGAGUCCAAUUGCGGCCUCCGACUAGUCUGCGAGUUGGCCGCCUCUCCUGAGGGCCAGCUCUCUGCGGACGAGAUGCUCAUCCUGUCUCUCUUCGGCUCUGAGCUCCAACUUCAGCCUGACCAGACUACCAGUCCAGUGACCCCUUUCCAGCUAGCAGCCUUCCUGGGUCGACAGUCAGGCAACGCACAGGCUUGUGCAACUGCCUAUUCCAAAUGCAAGCACAACGCUAAAGAGAUCAUGGACAUCUUGAGGAAAAAUCAGGCCUAAAUUCUAUUCCCUCUCUUCCAUUCCAAUGCAGCCUCAUUCAGUCUUAUUUUCCUUCAACUUUCCAGAUUACUAUUCCUCUGAGUUGUGUAAUUGCAGCGCAAAAUUAACUCCAAGUCUAGCAUCGAGAAAGUUCAAAAUUGAUGUUAAUACGAUUCUACAUAUUUUGUCCAUCAGUACUUCAGUUAUAAUACUAUUAACUCUGGUCAGUGUUGGAGUUCCUUUCAUAUGUCUCUCUUUUUUCUAUUUCUGUUUUUUCAAAAUCCAUCUUACUAUUUGCUCUAGUCAAAAUAUAUGAUGGCAGUUUGGGACGCCAAGUGCGAGAAGUGUGACUUUCUUCUUUUGACUGUAUUCAGAAUAAACGAACUUUUAGAAAACAAUAAA